UCUUUUCAUAGUAAUAUACUAUGAAUAUGAAUACCAAACAGGUAGAAGAAUCGACGCCGCCGUGCACGGCGGAAGAAGGGAGGUUUUCUGGUGGUGGAGAUGGUGAAGAUGAAGCGGUGGAGUGUGAGUUGGAAGCAGCACAAACGUUGGCUUGUUUGGCUGGUUGCUCUAAGGCAUUGGUCAUAUGCGUAUGUAUAUUCUUUCGAUGAAAAAAUAGCUCUUAAGCUUAGUCACAAAAUGAGGGGCAAGCAAUAGCUAUGCCACCUGAACAGGAAUCUGAACUCAAAACAAGCCCUCGUCACGCUCUAAAAUAUCUGCGAGUUGCCAGCAGAAGAUCUAGGCAGAAUUUGACUGAGGAGGAGAGGGAAGAAAGAAGGCUGUCUCGUGUGUUAGCAAACAGAGAAUCUGCUAGGCAGACAAUUCGCCGGAGACAGGCCAUGUAUGAGGAAUUGACAAAAAAGGAAGCCGAUCUUGCAUUGGAGAACGAAAAUUUGAAGAAGACAAAGGAGCUGGCAGCUAAGGAGUACGAGUCUUUGAAGAAUGAAAAUACUAACUUAAGAAUACAGGUAGCUAAAAUAGAGAAGGCUGAAGUAGAGGAAACAGAUUGUGGCUCUAAGUCAAAACCUGUACAAAUCUCCUCUACAAGUACAGCUCCAACUCCGACUCCAACCCCAAGUACAAUUCCGGCCUCUCUUUUUAACCAAUCUCCGAUAACACCUUUCUUUUGGCCGUCCAUCGUUCAACCUUUUAAUGGUAUCCUAUUACAGUGUGGUUCUCAAAAUAUUUCUGAUAUUACAUCGGUGCUGCCUUUACCUACUUCAGUUGAAUUAAAUUCUAUUAACAGACAAGAGAGUUCGACCCCUGGAAAUCCACUAUUUGUACUUCCCCUCCCUUGUUUGAUCCCAUUUCAUCCUCAAAGUAGCAAUCUGUUUCUUCCUUGGUCCUCUACCCUUACUGAUAAACAUACCGAGACUUCCUCGGUUCAUCAGCGUAGUACUUCAUAUCUGAACACGGAGAACAACCGAGCAGCGAUUGCAGCCAAGACAGAUGCUCCUGAAUCAGUAAAAGCUACGCAAAGAGACUUCCUUCACGAAGCUGAACUCCGUUUUCCACCAGAAGGAGGUGCGUCCAAGCGAAUCUGGCAACCUUCAAGUUCACACAUACAGCUUGGUACCUCUGAACGUGUUAGCUCUCAACAAGACAACGCCCCUGAUAUCAGAGCUGUUUCUUGUACUGUGGGACAUGUAACAGAUACUUCAGAAAAGACAUCUCAAGAAUGCAUCACCUCCUCUAGCAAAAAUCCAGUCGAUGCCCACGCAACAGCAGAGGCUCGGAAACGAAGGAAAGAGUUACUGAAAUUGAGAAGCCAGCAUUCUGAUCAGUUUGGCCGGCACCACUAAGCUUCCGAGGCAUGAGGUUAAGUAUGCAUCAGGUGCAUGUACACCGGGGCUAACUCAUUGAAGAAAUAUUCGAACGGCCAGACGGUUGUAAACCUACUAUCUCUUGAGUGAGGCAUAUUUUGAUUGCAGUAAGAGAGAGAUUUUGAUGUAACAGGUUUAAAGGAUGUUGUACAUGUAGUAGGAGCUUUAAAGUUUCCAAGAUGAUGAAACUAUAGAAAAUCAUUACCAGUUUUGUUGGAAUUUUGUUUUGCCGAGAGUAUAUUGUUGGUAAUAAAUCCCGUAA